AUGGCCCAACCAAAUUUCCUCAAGGGUCAAUCAGGCCGCAUCUAUACUAUUGAAAAGGUUCUCCAGGAGAAAGAACUUCCACCAAGCCAUGUAUACCUUGCAAGCGCCGAAGACCAAAAGUUCGUUCUGAAAAACGUGUCCAGGACUAGCUUCAUCGACUACCAGGAAAUUUAUCGAAGUCUUCAUGACUGUCCCAACCUACGUGUCUCUUGUGACACUAUACCAGAUCAAUCAACCUUUGUCUACAAGUAUUUCAGCGAUCAUCUCUUGAGUCUAGCUCAGGAGAAGCCCCCGUUACCGAUGGUGAAGCGUAUUCUGAAGGAUGCACUGCGGGGGCUCGCGGAUUUACACGAGAAAGACAUUGUCCACACUGACAUCAAACCGAACAACAUCCUGAUCCAGCGGCAGAACGCUGAGGCCCUGAAAAUCGAUCAAGUACAGCUAGCUGACUUGGAAGAUUCUGCUCAUGUCCCGCCGAAUUGCGACAUAGUUGGGAAGCAAGCGGGUAACUGGAUGUGGCGGAGCCCAGAAGCUCAUGCGUCAGGCCCUGUGAACAAGCCCUCGGAUAUGUUUUCUUUCGGUAUUGUGUGUAUUUACGCUGUUCAUCAGAGAGUUAUAUUUGCUGUUGACGAGAAUGAGUUGGGCGAUGGCGAAGACGUUCUGGCACAUGUUCUCGAACGACAGAUUUCCUAUUUCGCCGACAAAGAAGGGCUGGCCGGGCUAUUGAGGCAUCUUGGCGAUAGUCCAUGGGUAGAAGUCUUCGGCGUUCUCCGAGACGGCUUCAAGGCUGAUAAUCCACGCAAGCCAUUUUCUCUGUGGCAGGGUGUCGACGAAGGACUGAAGGACUUAGUUGGCCGGUUGACAAAUUUUGAUCCUGCAAAGAGGCUCACAGCACGUGAAGCUCUGGACCACCCUUGGUUUUCUUAUGGGCAAGAAAGUCUCAGGAAAGCCUGA